CUGUAAACUGAUGCAACAGCCGUGUCAGUGGUGACGGAACCACAGAGCCGCUCACCGUUGCUCGCACGUCCCGUGCAGGCGGACACGGAAGCUGGUCGGACAGCCAUGCGCAUUGUCCCUCGCCGCAGGCCCAGCAAAAAUGGUCUUGAAAGAAAUCCCAACUGAAUCUUUGGCCCGUCCUUUGUCACGGAAUGAAAUAGUUGGUUUAAUUUUUCGCUUAACAAUAUUUGGUGCAGUAACCUACUACACUAUCAAAUGGAUGGUAGAUGCCAUUGAUCCUACAAGGAAACAGAAAGUGGAAGCACAGAAACAGGCAGAGAGACUAAUGAAGCAAAUUGGUGUAAAAAAUGUCAAGCUUUCAGAAUAUGAGAUGAGUAUUGCAGCCCACCUUGUUGACCCUCUGAGUAUGCAGGUUACAUGGGAUGAUGUUGCUGGCUUGGAUGAUGUGAUUGCAGAGCUCAAAGACACUGUGAUAUUACCAAUUCAAAAAAGACAUUUAUUUGAAGGAUCCAGGCUGUUGCAACCUCCAAAAGGUGUACUUCUGUAUGGGCCUCCAGGCUGUGGAAAAACUCUCAUUGCCAAGGCUACUGCUAAAGAAGCUGGAUGUCGAUUCAUUAAUCUACAGCCAUCCACCUUGACUGAUAAAUGGUAUGGAGAAUCCCAAAAACUGGCUGCAGCUGUAUUUUCAUUGGCUGUGAAGCUGCAACCUUCGAUCAUCUUUAUUGAUGAAAUUGAUUCUUUUCUGCGCAAUCGGUCCAGCUCUGAUCAUGAAGCCACAGCAAUGAUGAAAGCUCAGUUCAUGAGCCUCUGGGAUGGUCUUGAUACAGACUCUAAUUGUCAGGUAAUCGUGAUGGGUGCCACUAAUAGACCACAAGAUCUAGACUCUGCUAUUUUGCGAAGGAUGCCGACAAGAUUUCAUAUAAAUCAGCCUAAUAUCAAGCAGCGAGAAUUAAUCCUGGCUUUAAUUCUACUAAAUGAAAAGGUGGACAAUUACGUGAACUUGAGUGAAAUUGCUAAGGAAACUCAUGGCUUUUCAGGGAGUGAUCUCAAAGAACUCUGUAGAGAUGCAGCCAUGUUCUGUGUCCGAGAUUAUGUAAAUGGAUCUGAAGAGGAGGAAAGUGCUAAGGAGAAGAUUCGACCCAUCAAGCAACAGGAUCUUCAGAAGGCAAUAGAAAAGCUGCGAAAGUCUAAAGAAGCUACUGUUUCAAAUGGCUUGCUGCACGUCAGUGUAGACUGAGGAUAACCUCAAGUACAGUUGGAAGGUCAAUUUGGGCUGUAUCUUUGCUGAGUGACAGCUCCUCUUUGCUCACUGCAAGAGCUGCAUUUGAAGAAAGAAGAGGGAUUUUUUUUCCUCAAAAAAUAUUCCAUUUCUGUGAAUGUAACACACCACCUAUCAAAUAUGUAAACUGAACUCAGCAAUUCCUCUGGUUCAUCUUCAAAGAAAACUUUAUACCAAACUUUUCGUGUAAUUCUUAUUCACUGAAUUGUACCGAUAGAUAUGAUAGGAUUUUCUGUAGUUGGUUCCAUUUGUGAAUAUAUUAGUAGCGUUGUCCAAGAUGUAAAAUGAAAAGAGAACUGCUUGAAUAGUCCAAAAGCCAGAGAAAAUUUCAGUGAUCUUUAAGGCAGGUGAGAGGACUGACUGGAUCUCACUGCAACCUGACGAUGAAUUGGAUUAAUUGUGGAGUCCUGGAAAUGGAUUGAAAUUUAUGUGAAGAAGCUAUUCAGAGUAAUUUUGGUUGACUUUUGGUUGAACAUUAGUCAUGAUUGUUGUUAAGUUAAUUAAAGAUAAAAAGCAGCUGAUGCUUUUUAAAUGUAUUUUUUAUUUUAUGGUGCAAGGUAAAUAAAAGUCUGAAGUCCAUAAUGUUUUAUCUUUUUUUAUUUGCUUUGAAGAAUGUAAGCUGUUAAUUGUACAGACUGCUAUGUUUGCUAAUAAUUUUAAACAAUUCAAUAUAUGCAUUCGAUUUUGGUUUCUUACCGAAAAAUUCUGAACUUUAUAAGAGGAUGUGUGGGUCAGUGCACAAUAAUUUUUAUGAAGAAUGGCUUAAAAUUGGAAGUUUCAUUUGAACAGAAAAAUAAUAACAAACUUUAAAAACUAAUGAAAAAUUGAGUCCAUAAUUUGGCUAAUUUAAUGAAGGUGAUGUUCACGAUAACUUCUUUUAACAUGAGGGUAGUUAAUAGUCUGCCUAUAUCUUUUUAAGAAGUGUUUUAUGUAUUAUGCAUUUGGGGAAUAAAAACCAAAAAGGUAGAGGUAAAAUAGAGAAAUAAAUGCAUUUACAGUAGAUCCAGCUGAGGACUUUGUAUCAACACAAGAUUAAUGUGAUUGCAAUGUUUAAUAAAAUUGACAUCAGUACAUUUACUAAUCAAUGUUAAAUUAAAGUUUCAUUUACAGAUGUAGAACUUUCUCUGAUUUCAGUGUUAAUUUUUUUUCAGUUAUCCCAUGCUCUCACAUUCAAUCAUCCAGUUGUCUGCUUUAAAACUUGUAUUUCAAUCCUGAAGACUCUUCUAACAGCCAUGCUAAUUGUUAUAAUAUUUAUUAUAUUGCUGGCCAUUUCUAAUCUGGUCCUUGCAUGUCCCUUCUGACUGUCUAGAGGAAAUAACUAGUUCUGUGUAUAUGUCGCUUAAAAAACUAUAUUUAUUUAUUUAGAGAUGCACCACAAACAGGCCCUUCUGGCCCAACAAGCUGCACUGUCAGCAACCUACCUUUUUAAUGCCAGCCUAAUUACAAGAUAAUUUACAGUGACCAUUUAACCUAAUAACUGGUACACCUUUCAACUGAGAGAGGAAACAGGAGCACCUGGAGGAAACCUAUGUGGUUCAAGGGGUGAACAGACAGUACCAGCAUUGAACUUCGAACUCCAGAAUGCCCCAAACUAUAAUGGUGUCGAGCUAACUGCUAAUGGAUAUUUUUAGAAGUAUUAAAUAACCUGUGUAGUUAGCACAUUGUGUCCAUAACUAACCAAUGGGAUAAGUCAAAAUCACAUUGAGAAGCUAGAUACAAUACAGAUUUAUAUAACAAAUUAAUUAUUUUGUUUUAAUAUUUAUUAUUAAUACAUGAGAAGAAAAUACGUUACUUAGGCUAGAUGGUGAAACAAGCAAAUUGUUUGAAUAGAAUAUUAAACAUCGGUAUUGUAUACUCUGAAAUUCCAUAUGGCAGGUAGUUAAUUCCAAUGCUUUAAUUAAGUGCACAGAUGAAGGUGAAAUGAAGCUGAAUUUUUAACUAUGAU